AUGUCAAUCACCUGUAGAUCUAUUGUUGCCAACUAUUCCUGGAAAGCAACAUUGGUCGCUAUCACCGCCGCUACCCUGUCGCGCGUCACAGGACCGAAGCCUGAACAAAUCUCAAUCACUCCGCCGCCGGCGCUUACUCUUCUCGGGCUGCCAUCCGAAAUCAGAGUCAUGAUCUGGAAGCAUGCCAUGAUCGACUCCAUUGACAUCUGUGCGCUUGUGCACGACGAGCAUGAGCCAAAGGGCAGCAGUAUCCUCGACCGACUUCAUCGCAUCCAGAACCCAAGACUGGACAUGCUGCUUGCGUGCAAAACCAUGUACCACGAGGUUCGGCAUAUAAGGAGCGACUACACCUUUGAGUUUUGUUGGGACUACGAACUCAAUAUCAUCUUCCGCUUGCUUCUCAGCGAACACACCCAUUGGUGGAAUGCAAAGAGGGUACUUGAGAAUGUCCGACAUGUACGUUGCUGUACUAGAAUUGAUAACCAAGAAACAGCACGCGCAAUCGAAGGAGAUGGCAAUAAUAUAACCGCCUUUGCCACCAGGCUACCAAUUCACUUCUUCUAUCGUUUCAAUUCAGUCUUUCCGACUUUUGGGCCCUCCACGGCCGAUGACAUCGAAAUGAGGGUGUUGUCGGUAUUUGAGCCACGACUCAUCCCGGCGCUGGCUUCCCAGCCUGUGAUGUACGUAGAGAUUGAUCUGAAUGCGAUACACAAGGAGAACUACUGCCGAUCGUGGUUUGCGAUGUAUGGCAUGACGCUCGCCACAGGCUGGUUGCGCGACCCGGAGUUACAUAACGACGCCAAGUACCAUAAAUGGAUCUCGAUCUGUGGCAUGAAGUUCUUCAAUGGAGAAAUUCAAGACACUCCUCCCGAAGGCUACGCUUUGUCUCGGUAG